UCGUGACUCCAGUUGCUUCGCAGCUGCCGCGCGCGACCGUCGCAUAAUCUAUGCGACACCGCUUUUCAUCUGUUAUAAUAUGGAUAGACAUCACAUCCGCGCUCUUGUCAAUAUCCAGUUUUCAUAUUUGUGGUUUUGCGAAGUGUUCGACAAGUAUAAAUGGAUUAUAUUGUAAAGUGUCGCAGGAAACGGUUAGAUCUGUGAGAAGUCAACUGAGUGAUCGAAUAAUUGCGGUGCAAAUGUGAUAUUAUACAAGUGUAGUGACAACUUAUUUAUUAAUAAAUUAUAUACAUUGAAAAAUGGAACGUUACAGAACGAGCAUGUUUCGAUUGUACAGUUCUUGUGCGGUGUGUUGAACUAGUGAUUAGUGUUGGAAGUCUGAUUUGGGUUAGACGUUAGUUUAUUAGUCGGAGUAUGCUGAUCAAUACGUACUUGGACACGGAGGACUUCGUGCAUCUGUAUUAUCCUGAAGAUGAGCCGCCGGCCACGCAGGGAUGCGGUGCGGGCGCACGCCUUGCUUCUAAGUACCCGCGACCACCUUCACCUGAAUUCCAAGAGGUGGCAGCGACGUCGAGCGAGAUGAGCGAGCGCGAGCGGUACCGCUCGCCGCCGCAGCCCGAGCCGCCGCCGCACCGCGUGCGCGCCGCCGACCUGUACCCGCGCCUGCGCACGCACUACGACGAGCCGGGCCUCGACGCCGGCUUCUCGCCCAUCUGCGGGGAGUUUAUACAGUGGGUGGGCCGAACGGCGGACGGCGGCACGGUCGCCGUGUCCAACUACCGGCUGCACCUGCAACCCCGCAGACGCAACGGGCCCGGCGCCUCCGUACCGCUGCGGCUCAUAGACGCGCUGGAGAUCCGCGACCUGCUCUGCCUUAUCAUAUUAUGUAAACAUGGCCGUCAACUCAAAUGUUCAUUCAACACAGGCGACCAGUGCAUAGAAUGGUGGAGAAGACUGAACCUGGCUUUAGUACCCAUCAGUUCGCUACAAGAGACUUUCGCCGCGGCAUACGCGGCCUGGGCGAAGGAACAGUCCCCCACGUCCGUCCACAGAGCUCUUAUGCGUGCCUCGCACGCCCCACAACGAAGUUGGUUCGGACCUGAGUUGGAGCGACUCGGCUUUACCACGAAGGGUGCGUGGCGCGUGACCGCUGCCAACUCUGAGUACAAGUUAUGUCCCUCCUACCCGCCGCUGCUCAUCGUGCCGGCUUCCAUCUGCGAUGAGGACUUGGACUCUGUUGCGAGGUUCCGAGCGAUGCGGCGAAUCCCAGCCGUAGUGUGGCGGCACCGCGGCACGGGCGCCGUCAUCGCGCGCUCGUCGCAGCCCGAGGUGGGCUGGUUCGGUUGGCGCUCCAGCGAGGAUGAGCGUCUGCUGGCUGCCUUUGUGUCCGCCUGCAACCAGGAGCGCCCCACCCCCAACAAGCAACUGAAGCUGCUGAUAGUGGACGCGCGCUCGUACACGUCGGCGGUGACGAACCGCGCGCGCGGCGGCGGCUGCGAGUGCGCGCAGUACUACCCGGCCGCCGACAUCCAGUUCAUGAGCCUGCCCAACAUCCACCACGUGCGCAAGAGCUUCCAGCAGAUGCGCGACCUGUCCGCCGAGCCCGCCGAGCAGCCCAACUGGUACAGCAACCUGGAGCGCACGCUGUGGCCGCAGUACGUGUGCGGCGUGGCGCGCGCGGCGCUGGCGGUGGCGCGCGCCGUGCACGCGGGCCGGCCGGUGCUCGUGCACUGCUCCGACGGCUGGGACCGCACGCCGCAGCUCGUGGCCGCCGCGCAGCUCAUCCUCGACCCCUACUACCGCACGCUGCAGGGCUUUCGUAUACUCAUAGAAAGGGAGUGGCUAGACUUCGGGCACAAGUUCGCGGACCGCUGCGGGCACCAGUUCGGCGCGGAGGACCCCAACGAGCGCUCGCCCAUAUUCCUGCAGUGGCUGCACGUCGUCUACCAGAUGAUGGUGCAGUACCCCUGGAGCUUCGAGUUCAAUGAGGCCUAUCUGAUCAAACUAGCGACGCACGUCCACUCGUGCAUGUUCGGCACGUUCCUGUGCAACACGAGCCGCGAGCGCGCCGAGUGCCGCGCCGCCGACACCACGGCGCAGGUGUGGCACCUGCUGCAGGCGCCCGCCUACCGGAACCACCUCUAUUCGCCGCACUUGCAGCACGACCAGGUAAUAUGGCCAGAGUGCAGCGUACGCGCUAUGCAAGUGUGGUGGGGCCUCACUCGCGGCGAGAGAGAGCGCGAGCCCGCUGCGCGCGAGCAGCCGCCCGCUCCGCCGCCGCCCGCACCAUCGCCACACCACAAUGGUUUAAUGACAAAAACUAGAUCCUGUGAUAAUCUGCUGAACGAAGGAGAAAAAAAGACAGCACAGCGGCGGUGUAGUGACCCCAGUCUAGCUCCAGAUGUUAUGAAACUGUCCCUGGCGGUGAACGGUGCGAGCGCUGACAGCGAACGCUCGCACGCCGCACUCGCCGAGCCCGCACCGCGCUCGCUCACCGACAGCGGUGUCGACCAACUGCGCGCCGACACCGACACCGACACUGAUCAGGUCGACGGCCUACAUCCUGACCACUUCGAAAACAACCGACUGCGUGAUAUAACGAGCAACUCGUCGUCUCUAGAACGUGAGAUAGUGUCCGUGCCAACUGUUUCAUUGGAGCAAGAUAAGCCUGAGCUGAGUCCUGUGGUGAACCACGUCAUAGUGAACGGGGAGGCGGAUAUUGCGGACAUUACGGACAGUGUGCGGAUCACAGCGGAUGUGGACACGCCGGAAGAGCCGCCGGUGUUCGUGUGCGAUACGUAUACUGAUGUCAUUGGUAUGGCUGAGGCUGCAAGAGAAUCUGCAAGGACACGAAACAUAAGUAUUACAUGGCGGUCCAUAUCUGAGUCCAGUAAUCAAUCGUCAACCGGUUUCGACCUCCCCGAGAACUCUCCGCAGAGCCGGUUGGAGCCCGCCACUCUGCGUUUGCAAGACAUCGCGAUAGACAACCACAACUCCACUGAAGGGGACGUGGUCAAUCACAACAUUAUGAACGAGCUGACAAACCACAACAGGGAACCUGUUCAACCGAGCAAUGGUGCUGUGAACGGCUUAGCGGAUAUUGCUACAAAGUUUUUGGAAGUCGAUUUGAAUGACGCGGCGUCGUCGAGCGGCACGAGCUCGGAGAGCGAGGGCGAGGGCGCGGCGCGCUGCAGCACGCGCGUGGCGAGCCAGCUCACGCUGUGCCCCGCCUCCCCGCGCCGCGCCUCGUGCCCCGCCGCCUGCCCCUCGUGCCCGCACUGCGUCUGCGUCUGCGCCAACGGGAACGGGAACGGUAGUGCCCCAGAAGCGUUGCCCUCGAGCGCGUGUUGGUGCGGCAUGUGCGGCGAGGCGGACGGUGCGGCGCGCGUGCGGUGCGUGUGCGGCGACGCGGGCGGUGCGCGCGUGCAGUGCGCGUGCGGCGAGGCGAGCGGCGCGUCGCGCGUGCGGUGCGUGUGCGGCGCGGGCGUGCGCACGCACUGCGACUCGCUGGACGGCCUGCCGCCCGCCGCCGACCCGCUGCAGGCGCGCUUGCACCAGAUCAUCCUCUACCAGAAGAAAGUAGUGGAGGACUUGCGAGGACAACUGCGCGACGCCCGCGAGGCGCUGCGUCGUGCGUCGCCCGCGCCCGCUGCGUUGCCGCCGCCGCACACGCAGGCGGCAGGCAACAGCAACGGGAACGGCACCGCGAGCCGCAGUCUGCGCAGCGGCAGCAGCAGCGGCGCGGCGAGCGGCAGCAGCAGCGGCAGCGCCUCCGAGGUGGAGGUGGGCGAGGAGGCGCGCGGCGUGCUGUGGCUGCCCGACAGCGCCGCGCCGCGCUGCCAGCACUGCCGCAACCAGUUCUGGCUGGCGCGGCGCCGGCACCACUGCAGGCGGUGUGGCGGCAUUUUCUGCGGGUCGUGCUCGGAGAUGAGUCCGUGGGGCGACAUGGGCGCCGUGCGCGUGUGCCGUCGCUGCCGCGCGCUGCGGUGACCGCGCCCCGCCCACUAGCGCCCACGACUGCCCACGUGCCCACGAGCCGGCUCCCUGCCCACUACACCUUGCUCUAACUUCGUCACUCUCCCGUACACCGCGCAGUCACAUUGAACUUCAGAAAGAGAUGCAGUCGAAACUCGAUCAUAUGGACCUUUGUUCUACAGAUUUUAGAUGUUAAUAUUUAUUACAGAAAGCUUUGGAUGUUGUGACAGUACCUGGUGCCAUCCCCAUCGAUCUCCUAUUAAAAAGUGGAUGCACAAUCUGCGACCAAAAACGUCCCCACUCAAUGAGUGCCAAACACAACUUCUUGGCACUCAAUUCAAGCAGUCGCAUUUGCAAAUUCAACCUUAAAAUCAAUUUUUUGAAUUUGGGAUUUUAUUGAAUAUUGGACUAUAUUUAAAAACCUUAAAAUGUAGGUAUAAUUUCCUUUACCAAUAAUUCUAAAACUGUCAAAGCAAAAUAAGCCAUUAUUUAGGUGGAAUUUUCUACAUGAUUGUGCGUCCUUUUAUUAUAAGAGGUCAAUGGACAGCACCUACUUAUUAUUAAACUGCUAUACAAACCAUAAUAUAGGUGGUACCAUUGCUCAUUAUAGAGAAUCUAUCGCAUAUUUCAAUUACCCGGAUUUUCGAUUAAUUGAAUGCCAUAGGACACUCAUAGGUUCUAUUAAUCGAGUUUCUACUGUAGCUCGCUUCUUCGUAGAGCGCCAUCUCAGUCGCACACACGGAAUGUCACAUGGGUACGAGCGAGAAAGAGCAGCGUUCUUCUGAAGUUCAAUUUACUUAAAUGACGUAAAGCUUCUUGUUGGCGUUGAAUUUAAUUUAGAAAUGAAAAGGUUACAUUAUGUUAUUUUACAGUUAGAUAAUUAUUAUUUAUUGCUCAUAGUAUUUAGACAAAAUCGUGGACUAAAAAAUGAUAAACUAUUCACCAGGCGAAAAUAGUCUUUUAUAAACGCCAAAGAGCGAAAGCACAGACUCGGUAAUUUAUAUUGUCUGUGGCUAAAUUAAAAAUUCACAAGUUAAAACUGGUAAUUCAAACAAAUAAAAGUUAUUAGCAAAGUAAAUUGAGCUGCCUUGGCUAAAAGUCAAAAUUCAUUAAAAUAAAGAAGAAAUUUAUUAAAUGCAUUAAGUAUAAAUUGUAUGGAAGAUUGAGAAUUAUUUUAAAUCUUAAGAGAUGCGCCAACUUUAGUGGAAUUUCUGAUUAUUUUAUUUAAAUUUUGGCGUAAAUUUCUAGUAACUUAUUUGUUUAUUCGUAUUCAACGCAUGCAAGAAGCUUUAGGCCGUCUACGCAUCCAUUCAUUGUCUGACAUUGUAUGGUCAGCAACAAAUUCUAAUUGUUUAAUAAAUCGUAAAAUAUUAAUAAAACCUUGGGAGUUACUAUUUUAGAUCAAGGUUGUACAGAGAUGUAAAAUAUUUUAACCGAUUGAAAAUUCCGUCAACUAUCUAACUACAACUUAAGAACUGUUCGUAUAAGUUGCUAUUUAUUAAAAAAAAAAAAUGUCUUCGGCUUGAACUGUUACGGAACUCUGUUACACUUUAACUCUAACACAAAUACUGAGAAUGUAUUAUAGUAGGGGAGCCCGGGAUGCUAAAUUUGCAGUUACUAAAGCGUCAUGGGGACCGAUUGCAUUUGGUAGAUUAAAACAUAGGAAGAAUAUUUGGUUAUUUACUUUUUUUUUUGCUUUUAGCGGUGGGAAAAAUCAAAGCAAUUUAUAUAAUUCUAUUACUUUGACAAUUUUAUGGAUUAAUUAAUAGAUUAUUUUCUUCAAAACAAGUAAAAAAUUAAUCGCGAAUUUUGUAACUUUGGGAUGAUGGCGUUAAAUUACGCUCAAAUCGUUAGAUUUUCGAAAUGCACACCUUUUUAGUAAUUACUAACCUACUAUAUCCUUAUCUGACGUUCUGGUUGAGUAUUUCUGAAGUUAUUUUUUUUUGUUUGCUCUAAACGUAUAUUAUACGUACUCAACAACAUUUCCUAGUUCCUUAUGUUCAUCUGUCGCGCUCGAGUAACUGCAAGAAUCCCGUCUUCGGCUCCCCUACUAUAAAGAGAAAUGUCGAAUUUAAUCCAGCCAAGUGCGUGAUGCUAAUUUUCGUUUUAUUUAUUUAUAUUAAACAUCUUUUAGUCUUGACUAACAUUUCUAUUUUUUUUAAUCAUCUAUAAUAUCAAUAUAGUAGACAGUUGGAAUUCUUUUAACUUUACGCAAAACGCACUUGGUCCCAUAAAACUGGUGGUAUAAUGUUGGCGAAAACAGUUAUUAUAACUGUGUGCAAUUAGUUGACCACGAGCAGUAGCGUGCACAACAUAGGUGCAAAAAUGCCCUGCCUACCCUGAGAACUCGUUACGAACCUGUUUUGCGUUAGGAAUUUUCCUGUUUUGUACCUAUUAAAAAAUACAUACUCUAUUAAAAAACUCUCUGCACGCCAUUAACCACGAGGCACGACUCAAGUGUGAGCGCAGGAUUGGAGAGAGUGGGGAAUGGAUGCCUAGAGCGUCAAUACCAUAAGGUGGACCUCUAUUUAUCGUUUGUUAAGGCGCGUCAGUUGGUUUUUCCAUUUAAAUGUCGCGUUCUGACCAUAUUUUGGGUGUCAGCUCUAGUAUCUAGUCAUACAUUCUGAAUGCUUUGGUUAUUCGAUUCUUUGCCAAAUUUGUCAAGAUGAUUUUGCCAAGUUUUACCUGCGCAAAGCAUUAAAUUAAAGCAAAAACCACGACAUAUUAAUAAAAAUUGGCGAAUCGUCAGUCGUUAAUUUUUAUUAAUAUAUUGUUACUCAUAUUUGUCUGACGUGUCGUGACGUGACGCAUCAUAACAGAAUCGAUAUAAUACAUUUUGUACACUGAUUCUGUUCUGUCACGACACGUCUGACAAAUGUAAAAUCCGGCUUAAGUGUGAAUAAUACUAAAUACUAACUUAAUUUAGUAUUUAGUAUUAGUAUGGUUACGGUUAUCCGUUUUACAAAACCGAUUCCGUUUUGAUGCGUCAUCAUGGCAAUACACGUCAAAUAUAGUUCCGACUUUAAACCCUCUCUCUCGUGGCCAACUAAUUGCGCGCAGGCUAUGGAUAUUUUGAACUUGUUUACUUCUAUAAAAGUAAUACAUGGACAUUCUUGGUGCUGCGUAGAGUGAAUUCAUUUUGACUUACACUUCGUUCUAUGUUUCCUGAAACUCGCGAACCAGCUACAAGAGGGUCCUAAUUAUUGCAUUGCAAGACAUCAUUUUAUUUUAUUUAUACUAGUCAGCCCGAUUUGUUGAACGUGGCUUUUAAUAUUGUUUUGUUAUUUUUUUUAAGAAUGCGAAUGUUUGAUCAUUUGAUUUUUUUUUCUUGACAUAAUGACAGGUUACUCCAACUUUAUAAAUUAUAUUUAUCUAUGUUAUAUAUUGAGAAAUAUAUGAUGUAAUUAAAUAGAGGCAGAAUUGUGGAUACAUGUGACAUGAUUCUGACGGUUAUAAGCGUGAAAUUAACAAUCCAGACGGUUUAUACAUACAAGGAGGUUUGCACGGAAAUAUGUACUUUAUUUUUUUAUGAAAUAAAGUUCAUAUUAGACGGUAACAUGCGCAAUUCGAUAAGUGGGAUAUAUUGUUUUAGACAAAACGAUGAAAAAUUAUAGAAAAUUGUGAGUAACGUUGUGAUCAGAGAAGGGGCCAUAGAGGAUAUUAGAAGGUUGUUAGCGAAUGUGCAUGGUGUGAAGUCUGAUUUAUUUUUAUUACUUGGUUACUGGUCGUUUGGUCGGCAACCAAACUGUCAAAGCCACUAUAGACUGAACUGUUAGAUAAUUCGUGGCUACGAAAUGACGGUGUACGGCCGGCGGAUCCUUUACACGGCGUCGUUUUAUAAAUCUCUCAUAUAGUCUGAUCAGAAAGAUGAAAGAAGAAGUCCAGAAUUGUAUGGAGCCCAGGAUCAGUCAUUGUACCCUGGCGGAAAUAAAAGAAAAUAUAUUUUUUAACUAUUUUUGACUAUACUAAUCUACGAAUUUACUUUGAAUUAUUUCGGAAUAAUAUUCAUUCUCGUUCCAAGAAAUGCAACACUACUAUAGGUAAUAAAGGCGAAUUGAUGACGUUUUCAAUGCACUAGUCGAUUUGACGUUUGCUGCCAAUUGUCAUGUCAUAGUUGCUGUCAAAAACUUGGGUUUUAAUUUUAUUUAUUUCUUUUUAUUUAGUUUGAUUUAUUCACUCAUUUAGAUUUUAAUAAAAUCCUUGUAUUCUUUAAAUUUUAAUGAUACAGGGUACAAGACUGGACUUGAAAUUGACCAUCUCCUAUAAUAAACUAAUUCUUCUACUAGAAAAGCACAGACAACUAAAAGCUACUUACUCUAUCAAGUUUUUUCUAGUUCUGGUAAGGCUAUACUGGAUUGGAAGAAUAACUAAUUAACACUCGCACUUCUGAAUUUUGUUUUUGUCCUAUAAUCAUUCUGAACAUUGUAAAUUAUUUUACUCGACAUCGAUGCAGCAUUGUAAAGAAAAUCAUAUUUAAUCACGGGAAAUGGCCUUUGUGACGAUUUAUGGUAGUUAUACAUUGGCAUAGCCCACAGUGUCAUUUACGAGAUUUUGAGGAAGCUUUGUUACUUAGUUGAUAUCUUUAAUAUGUAUAGGUAAAGCGCAUAACAUACGAGAGAGGUUCGUGCGUCAAUGAAUAAAUGUUGAAGUGCCGACUCCUCACUCACCUACGCGGAGUGGUUUACCUUUAUCCGAUAUGCCAUGGAUAUGUUAUUUUAAUGUUAUAGAUAUUCUAUUUUGGGAAGAAGGUGGAAGGUGACAAGACAAGACAAGUUAAGUGGAUGGAAGCUAAUGUAAGCACACCAGUAAUUCUGAGAAAUGUAAUGUUAAAAUACCUAUUAGAUACACUUUUACCAAAAAAGCAGUUGAUUAGCUACCACUUACAGAUAGGACAGUCUCGUUUGUGUAUGAAUGGACGCAACUGUCUGUACAUCUAACUUUUACAACCAAAGAUAAACGGUCUUUCCAAAAUGGAAUAUACAGAUUCCUCCAAAAUGAUAUACCUCGUAGAAUGGGUUCUAUUCUACAAGGUAUACGUAGUGUCGACUACCGUGGGUGUUGAAUGUGUCUCUGCCAUAAAUAAACAUUAGUAUUGUUCCGUCGCACAUUAUGUAAAAGAUUUAUGCCGCCGUAGGAUAAAGCCUGUUGACUAUUUCCUAGUUAAAUAUACGCUGCUAGAAGUUUAUCGAAUGCAUGACUUUAUAAGUCUAUAUUAUUUGUAUAUUAAAGUUAGUGUUUCUAUAUAUAUUAUUAUUUGCUUUGUAUAAUUAAAAGCCAAUGCCGUAUUGUUAAUAUAAACUAAGACUUAAUUAUUAUCGAAAAUUUAACGCCUUGCAAAAGUCACGGUUAGGAUGCGUUUCCGUCGAGUGGGUUGUGCUGAAGGGUGAAGAUCGAGUUAAAUUAUUAUCUUGCAGUAAUGUAAUAUUAUGUUGGAACGCAUCCUAGGUCUUGUAAAAUCGAUAAAUGUAUGUAUAACCGAAUACCCGAUUUUCCUACGAAUAUAAUAAAUUAGCGUAACUACGAGUUUUGUAUUUUAUUUGUGAUAUUGAUGAUAAUUUUUAUAUGAUAAUAAUAUAAGAGUUUAAAACAUGUUGAUACACAAUAAAUUUAUGGUGAUUUAACAGUCGCGGUGCGUGAUCGUUGAUUUUAUUGAAUUAUUGUUGACGGCAAUAAUUUUAAUAGGUGUUUGCGAAUAGCAUGGGAUUCUUAUAAUAGCCAUUUUAAUGUAAGUAUCAAAAUAAUAACCAUGGAAACUAAAGUUAAAAAUUAACGAGGUCAACCAUAAUUUGCUUAAUUAUCUUUGAACUUAACUAAAUGUUGUAUUUUGUCAACGGUUGGUUGCAAUUGGUCUUCUACUUUAUUGUGAUUGGAAAUCAUUGAAUCUGAGUGAAAUGUCCCUAAUUUUGGGGCUAAUUUACUAAUCGUCUUGAUGUUUGGCCUUAUUUAGUUUGUCUUCUUUUUUGGCACAAAGUAUACCUACUACAAUUCAUUUGAAUUUAUAUUAUAUUAUACGUUGUUUUCUUUAUUUAUAUUGAUUUCUAUCAUGGGUCGAUGUCAAGACGGUUUCUGUGUAAAGUGAAAAGAUUUGGAGUGUUCUGUUUAACAGCAGGAAUUGUUAUACUUGCAUAUAUUUUAUACUGAAUGAAGCUCGGAGUAACUUUAAGUUCAUUGUCCAAGUGCAAACUUGUUUGUGACCAAUGAAUGGUAUAAUGUGAAAUAAAGCAUAUUUAGUUUUG